GACCGCGGCGACACAGACCUGCUACUGUUUAUCUUCUACUUUACAAUACCGCAACACUUUUACACAACCUAAUCUUGAUAUGGAGGAAGCUGACAAGGAUCAAGAGGAGGCGAGUGAACCCGAAAACCAACAGGAUACGAGCGGGGCCUCUGAGAAGUUAAAGGAGAAGUCCUGCAGGAGCCAGCCUCAAGAGGAGCAGGUGGAGGAGAGUGAAGAGAUAGUUACUCCUCAGAGGAUACUCAACCUUCAGAGAGAUUUGCCGGCCUUGGUGACAAACAUCCAAACUGCAGCAGAUGCCAAAGAGUCAAUGCGAAGGACGGCGCAGGAGAAAGCUUGCAGAUUAAGAUUGGAGCGGCUGGAGAAUGAUGUCAAAUCCAGCGAGGAACAUUUUGAGGAGAUCACCAAAGGGUGGCUGUUAGCAAUUCAGAAGGGGACCCCUCAGGAGCUGCAGGAAGCGCUGAACAACCAGCAGCAAUUAUGUUCUGCUCUCAUAGAGGACAAGAAGAAACUCAAUAACAAGCAGCAACAGGAGCUGAGGGUUGGAGAUGAUCGCUUUGUUAAGGACUUGAGGAAGCAUGCAGAGGAGCUGGACCUAAUGAUGGAGAGGAUGGAGGAACAGAUCAAAACACUGACAAAGGCCUACAGGGAGGAGCUGGCCCAGUUGGAGGAAGUUUAUCAGCAGGAGAGCGAAGUCUUACUCAUGAAAGACAAGAGGGAAUGGGAACAAUCCAUGAAGAAACUUUUGGACAAAGAGCUGGAGAGGCAGGUGCAGAUGCAGAAGGAAGUGGAGGAGCAUCAAGUGAAAAUGCACGAUGUGAUGUUGAAGACUUCUGACAAGAUUAACACCUUCCAGUUAGAACACAGUGAAACGUUUCAAGUUCUGGAGAGAAAGUGUAUACAUUUUGACACCACCAGCGGGAUCGCACGUCGAGAGCAGGAAAAGCAGAAGAAUGAUGUGCUUUUACACAGGUUCAACCUGACACAGAUGAAGAGCAAGACCGUCAGUCUGAAAACUGAGAUGAAAAAUCUCAAGGCUCAGUUUAGCAGCCAGGAGGAACAGUUUGCAGCGAGGAGCCGGCAAUUGCCCGAACACUACAAACGCAACAUCCAGCAAUACGAACAAGCACAGAAGAAAAUUAAGCACUUUGCAGGCGCCAAUGUUAGAAAAUUUGAGCAGAUGUGGCUGAUGAUUGAAGAAGAGGUGAAGCAACUAGUUGAUAAAGUUUUAAUUAUAGACUCGCUGAUCUGCGAGCAGCCCCUCGGCAUAGCUUGGGUGCGACCUAAUUUGCCGUUCAUGGAGCAAACCGAUCCCACCCAAAAACAGGCCCAGAGCCCCACCCACCAAGCUGUCUCCAACAUAGACACUUCACAGGGUGGUCAGAGGACGAUGGACGCCUCAGUCGGGCCUACUUUAGAGACUGAUACCGAUAUCAUAAACGUCAACGCUUACAAGGAAGCAAAAGCAAUGCAGAGUGAGAGUGCUGAAGACGAGGAGGAGGGGACGAAUGAAACUCUAAAAAAAGUGAUGGAGCUGCUGUGCGAUGAGGCGGGUUUCCUGUUGGAGGACAAACUCCUGAACCUGCUGGAUCCUCUGGAGAAGGAAGAACAGACCGUAGUGAAGCUGGGCUCCCUCCUCUCAGCUUUUGGCAUUGAGGUGGAAGAAGUUCACAGACUGGCUCAUUUCUUAUUGAAGUACAAACCUCAGCAGGCAGAGCAGACUGAGGAUGUUUGUAAAGAGUCGCAUGAGUCCAUUAACAAGGAUGAAGAAAUGGGGACCAGCUGUAGGAGGCAUGUGACCUCUGAGCUCAUUGAUCCAAACCAUGUUUUGCCUGCGCUGAAGAGCUUCCUCGCACAGCAUGUGAGAUCCAGUUCUCAGCAUGUAGCAGCCCGGGAUCCUUCAGAGCUUGAAGCCUACUGGGAGAGCGUGGGCAACAUCAUCUCUGAGGACAAAGUGGACCUCUGGGAAGCUGCAGAGGGAGAACUGAAUCAGUACCAUGUGGUCCUGACGGAGAUCUCUGAGCUCAUUCCAGAGACUCAGAGUCUGGAGCAGCAGAACGCAGAGCUGCGGAUGCUGCUGCAACAGUCUCUACAGUCUAUAGUCAACACAGAGCUGGAGAUGCCCUUACCCUAAACUAACAUGGAAUAAGCAGAACUGGGACACUACUCAAAGGACUGGAACUCAGUAAAUAAAUAAAGCUUCUACUGCAUCAUGUUGUACUUUCAGUCUUUAUUUAGAAAGAAAUCGGUAGAGCAGUGAAUAACAUCCCCAGUACAUAUGGUGAUAUAGGGUACAAUGUAAACACACUAGCACAGAGUCAUACAGUGGUUUUAUCCCGCAGUGUGGAAGAGCUUGUGGCUGAGCUCUGACGGCAGAGAGAAGAAGAGCAGAGCAACGA